GAUGUCAUGGCGUCUUUGGAGCAGGAGCUGGAGCCGCAAUCUAGAUAGGGAGUAGCAUCGGUGGGAAUCGAAAUGGAGCAAAAUGCAAGCCUGCAUCGAGAUCUUGCAGAAAGCGCUCUGUGCUCUACAAUAUGCGCGGAAACGAGCGGUAUAAAGGUUACAGAAGUAGUGAAAGGAGCUGUCGAUAGCAGUAAGAAUAGUGAGCCCUCUGCGCUCAGUACUUUGGUCAGUAGUAGCGACAGUAGUAUUUUAUCAGCAAGCACUGCCAAUGCUCUCUCUGAUAAUCAAAAAUCAGACGUUAGAUUGGAAAUAAACGAAUCUCUCCCGGUUGAGAACACCAACAUCCAGCCGAGCGGUUGGUUGGAGACGUCGUCAUCGGAACUGGGAGAUCAGCUGAGCAACGGGAUGGGGCACAGUCUACCGCUAGCUCCAGGAAGCGGCGAGGGUGCCACCUCAAAGUUGGUAAACAACAGAACGGAUGGCGAUCCGCCUUCUACGAUGGAAGAGCCGACUGCAAGGAUUACAGAUACUCAGACUGUGGUUGCAAAAUCUGCGUCGCAGGAGCAGACGAAGAUCUCGCCGCCGACGUCGUUGUGCCCAGACAAAACAAGUUUGACAAACGUUAAACCUGGGGCAUUGGCUUCCAGUGACCAUGUCUCAUCCGAGGGGCCACCGACUGAGAGUGACCCCAGCCCCGCUGGUGAAUCCCGGAGCUUUGAUUCACUGGAAUCCUUCUCAAAUCUAAAUUCAUGUCCGAGUUCCGACCUUAAUAGUGAAGGAAUGGAGGACAGGGUACUGGCCAUCGCUUUACAGAGCAACGAGUAUGGGGCAGAUGAAGCGAAAAUCUCUUGCAUCAAGGAUCGGGGCGCCGGCCAGUCGAUAUAUCACAUCAAGUGGAUCAAGUGGAAGGAAGAAAACACGCCUAUCAUUACACAGAACGAGAACGGGCCAUGCCCAUUGCUGGCUAUAAUGAAUGUCCUUUUGCUGGCAUGGAAGGUGAAGAUGCCCCCGAUGAUGGAGAUUAUAACUGCGGAACAGUUAAUGGAAUAUCUGGGCGACUACAUCCUUGACGCCAAGCCGAAAGAGAUCUCCGAGGCCCAGCGGCUGAACUAUGAACAGAACAUGAGCGACGCCAUGGCGGUGCUGCACAAGCUGCAGACGGGCCUGGACGUCAACGUGAAGUUCACGGGGGUGCGAGUCUUCGAGUACACGCCCGAGUGCAUCGUCUUCGACCUGCUGGACAUCCCCCUCUACCACGGCUGGCUGGUGGACCCCCAGAUGGCCGACAUCGUGAAGGCGGUGGGGAACUGCAGCUACAACCAGCUGGUGGAGAAGAUAAUCUCCUGCAAGCAGUCGGAGAGCAGCGAGCUGGCCGGGGAGGGCUACGUGGCGGAGCAGUUCCUGAACAGCACGGCCACGCAGCUGACGUACCACGGCCUGUGCGAGCUCACGUCCACCGUGCAAGAGGGCGAGCUCUGUGUCUUCUUCAGGAACAACCACUUCAGCACCAUGACCAAAUUCAAGGGCCAGCUGUACCUUCUGGUGACGGACCAGGGCUUCCUGACCGAGGAGAAGGUGGUGUGGGAGAGCCUGCACAACGUGGACGGAGACGGCAACUUCUGCGACUCCGAGUUCCGCCUGCGACCGCCGUCCGACCCGGAGACGGUGUACCGCGGGCAGCAGGACCAGAUCGACCAGGACUACCUGAUGGCGCUGUCGCUCCAGCAAGAGCAGCAGGCCCUGGAGCUGAACUGGGAGCAGAUCCCGGAGGGCAUCAGCGACCUGGAGCUGGCCAAGAAGCUGCAGGAGGAGGAGGACCGGCGUGCCUCGCAGUUCUACCAGGAGCAGGAGCAGGCGGCCGCCGCACAAGCACAGCAGCAGGGACAGCAGCAGCCAGCAGGGGGCGACGCGGAUGCAGGAGCAGCGGCGGCGGCGGCAGCGGGAGCCGCAAGCGCCACACCGAGCCCAGGGAAACAGCCCAGCACAGGCGAGCGCAAACCGAAAAAGGAGCCCAAGGACAAGGACAAGUGUGUCCUGUUGUAACAGAGGAGGUGGGGGGUGGGAGGAGGAGGAGGAAGGGAGGGGGGACAGCAUUUAUUUUAUGUUCACCUGACACCCAACGCACAGCCCCCUGGGAGGAAAGAACAACAAAACAAGAGGAGGCCGAAGAGAGAGAGAGAGACACACGCCACCUGUGCCUGAUGCUACCUACACAUCAUCUUUUUCCCUUCAGUUUUUUAACAUCAAGGAGACGAGAAGGGUGGCCAUGACAACCACUACUACAUCUUUGAUACAGUUGGCCAAACUUUGCUCUAAGUUGCACACUGCACUAUAUUUAUGAUGGAGGGUUGCGUGCGUAGGGGUUACUAUAUUUAUAACAAAACAACUUAAAAAAAAAAAAAACAAAACAAAAUGAGCUAGCUAAAAAAAGUGGAUAGUGUAAAAAUUGCACCUUCUCAUUGCGACAUGGUUUUCUAAAGAUAGCAUUCAUCUUCAUUUUUUUUUAUUUUACUCAGUUAAUAAGCUAUUUUGUA